AUGACCGGCCCCGACUCCCCGAGCCGGGCGUCCAAGCUGAGCCGGAAAGGACGCUCCAAAAGCUCCAGCGCCCACUGCCUUCUCCGGCGGGCCGCCCGGGAGGAGUCCAGCGAAGGCGGCGGUAGCAGCAGUCCCGACCGCCGGGAGGAAGAGGAAGAGCACAAGGACGGAGGCCUGCUCCUUUACGUCAACCGUGCCGGCUUCCCCAUCCAGGCAGACACCUGGGAGAGGAUGUGGGCCCACGUGGCUGCCGUCCACCCCGGCGGACAGGAGAUGGUGGACGGGAUACGUAAUGCCGCCUACCUGCCCAAGCAUCAUGUCCCGCCGCUGCCCAAUUUCAAGCCCGCGAUGUCCGUGCCGGACUGGCUGGUGGUGGUCCAGAAUUUUAUGAAGGCUCUGCAAUACAACCACACGGGCACUCAGUUCUUUGAGAUUAAGAAGAACCGGCCUCUUUUUGGGUUGAUGGAGACAGCGCGCGAGAUGGUACGGGAGUCGCUGCCCAUCAAAUGUCUGGAAGCUGUCAUCCUGGGAAUCUACCUAACCAACGGGCUGACGUCGCUGGAGCGUUUCCCCAUCAGCUUCAAGACGCAAUUCUCAGGCCACUGCUUCCACCACGUGGUCCUGGGCGUCUACUGGAACGGACGCUACGGUUCCCUGGGCAUGAGCCGGCGCGCCGACCUGAUGGACAAGCCGCUGGGCCACCGCACGCUGGGCGAGCUGGUGGCCGACUUUGAGAGCUCUUACAAGCGAUACCAGCACAGCCUCAACAAGGUGAAGAUUGGCCUGUACGUGCCUCACGACCCUCACGUGUGCCAGCCCGUGGAGUGGAAGUACCUGGUGCUGAACGCCGCCAAGAUGGCCGCGCCCGAGAUCAAGCGGCAGCUGGAAAAACACGGCCGAGACAUGAGGAUGAAGAUCUUGAAAUCGUCCAGCGCUCAGUCACCCAUCAAGGAGCGAAGCCGCGGAAAAUCGCUGUCGCCUCGCCGCCACCGACGGCAGGGUAGUAGCCCGCAGCGACGGUUUGGCCGACGCAGAGACAAGUCGCCAGCGCACGUGGAGAGCAAAUCUCCGCAACUAAGCACGCCCACUGACGGCUAUCAGAUUCGAAUCUGA